AUGUUAAAAGUGGAAACAGACACUAAUCUCCAUUACAAGGUGGUUCAAUAUAUCAGAAAGUAUGAUGCAAAUGCCAUACUAAUGGUAGAAUUGGGUAAAAAUCCAAAUACCGUGUAUAAGAGGAUAGACUCUUGGAGAAAAGGAUAUCAAAAAGGUGUACCAGAUUUGAUAAUAGCAAAUAAUCACCAGCCCUUUGUGUGGAGUUCAAAUCGCCAAGUAAUGAUUAUACAAUAUCAGUUGGGCAAAUGAAGAUGAAAAUAGAGUAUGAAGAAAAUCAGUAUAAACUCAUUAUUGAAAAUGACUAUGAUGAGAUAAUCAGGGAAGUCAUUGAUCAUAUGCAGGGUGUGAGAAUCAGAUGCAGACAUUGUAUUAUUAAUUUGAUAUCAAAGGAGUCUCUGAUGGUGCGUUUGAUGGAGUUCCAUAAAAUUAUCACCUGAAAAUAUAUAACUAUACAUAGUUUUUAUCCAUGAAACCACCAUGUAAAGGGACAUUUCAAUAAUAUAUUUUUGACUUUAAGAAAACACAUUUUCUAUUAUUUUUAUUACAGAAGAUGAACGUUGAUGAAAUGAUAUUGUCUGGAGCCGGGGAAAAAAUAUGCCAUAUGCAAACCUGUUUGAAAGAAGAAUAGACAACAUUAUGGGUAAGAGAAAGAAAGCAUCUAUUCUUGUUGAUGUACAGACAGCAACAAUGUUUGAUAACAUAGAAAAGGACGGUUUAUAAACAGGAUGAUUAUGAUAUGCUAAACAAAAAGACUAUAGAGAGUAAAAUCGUUGAUACAGGUUUCAGACAGAAGACGUAUGGUCCUUUCACAGAUGAAUUACCAAAUCCUAUUGAGGAUAAUAUGUACAAGUUUCUUAUGUACGCUCUUUGAAGAACAAAUUUACUAUGCUUUUAGGAGAUUAUGUUGAUAGUUAGGUGGUAUUGUCAUUUCAGAAGAUAA